CCUGAUACUUAGCUCCAGGAUGGAGAGAAGAGUCUGAACAAAAGUUAAAUAAUAAAGCUAUCACGUAAAGAUGUUGGAGAGCUAUGUCUCUGGAGACGCUUAUCAUAGAUGUAUAUUCUGUAAGGUUUGUCUACCCACCGGAGAACUUUAUAUCAAUCAUGUCAAGGAACAUCUCUCUGAGUAUAGGACUCGUAAUCAACAGUCAUACAGCGACCCGGAGUCAAAUCCGUCCCAGUCCACAGGGAAACUAAGGAAACUGAGGAAGAAGAGAAGGAAGAAAAGAACAAAAGAAAUUGUGAUAGAUACUCCAAAAAUCGACAAAUAUUCUGAUGACUGUCUCGGGGACUCGGAGCUAAGUGAGUCGGAUACAGAAGAGGAUCGAAAGGAUCAGAUCGAAAAGGAGAGAAGAGAGAUGAAAACCAUCCUGGCUCGAACCCGUCUAUCCCUAGCGGAGAAGCAGUUGGAUACCGGAGACUCUGAAGAUUUGGUUUGUUUAACGUGUUUGAAAAAAUUCUCAAAUGUUCAAAACCUUCGCCGCCAUCUUCGUCUUCAUAUAACAAGAGAUUCCAACCUUCCCGAUAUAGACAGUGAAGCUGACAUGGAUGACAAACUGUUUAAGUUUUCUUGUGAUUUUUGCCCGGAGAAGUUUGCAAAUAAAUCAGCGUACCUGGUUCAUGAUAAGACGCAUAGUGACAAGCAACCAGAGUGCUACAUUUGCAACAAAAAGUAUGCAGACCGGUAUUCUCUCCGGUACCAUCUCAGAACUCAUGGUAUCGGAUACCAGAUCCGAUGUGAACUUUGCAACAAGAGUUUUCCAAAACCGAGCCGUCUUCAAUCCCAUAUAAACACCUUUCACAAGAAUAUUCGAAACUUUAGCUGCUCUAAAUGUGAUAAAUCUUUUAAAACCCGCCUGCACCUAGAGAACCAUACACUCAUGCAUACCGGAGAGAGACCUCAUAGGUGUGACGAGUGUGGUGAGUUUUUUCGUCACAAAGUUUCUUUGAUCGCGCAUCAGAGAAUCCACGGAGAUAUCCGUCCUUACGUUUGUGAAACAUGCGGAAAAUGUUUCCGUGAGCCUUCAACGAUGAAAGCGCACAUGAGAGUUCAUUCUGGCGACAAACCUUAUAAAUGUGAUGUUUGUGAGAAAUCAUUUAGUCAGAGAGCAGGACUCAAUUAUCAUAAAACAGUUCACAAUGGAUUGAAACCCUACAGAUGUUCUAAGUGUGAUUAUGCCACUGUCAAACACACCUCACUGAGAAACCAUGAAAGAGCAAUCCAUAAAAUUGAUCCGACAAGAUUAAAGGAUCAACACCUACUAUCCUCCAGCCCGGAGUUAGAACUUGAUUCCUCCCCUUCAGAGCUUCCAAUUCCAGGAGGAAUAUCUCUUGUAUCCGGGUCCUCUCUACCCCUUCCUUCUCCUCCUCUACAGGACGGAGAUGCUCUUCUAACAGAGAGCUCAGUUUCUCAAACACAAAAUAUUUACAAUAACCAUCAUUCAAACUCUCUUCCUUCAUUUAACAUUUUAAAAAGUUACGAGUCAACUACACCCCAGGGAACUAUUAUGUCAGAGACUAUUAAAUCCAACAAAGACGAGUGCGUGAUGUCAGAUCGACAAUCUCCGUACAGUCAACCCUCCCUCUCCCCUCCUCUCACUCCUCCCGGACAGGAUUACUCCUACUCCUCCCACCCUCUCUACCAGAGACACAACCAGCAGUACUCCUACUCUAGUCCUCUCAACUACUCCACAAACUUUAACCGUGAGUGUGAGACUAGUUUUGUUGAGACUGGAGAAUAUUUUCACCGUGGUAAGUUCAGCGGAGAAGCAUACUGCAGUGUAGGACGGGAUCAAAAGAAAGCAUAUACUCAGUAUGAGAACUAUUAUGAUUAUUCAUACUACCAACCCAGAUCUCUGCCUAUACACACAAACUUCGAAUAUCAGUAAAAUGCGUGAAAUUGUUGAAUAAAGCUUGUUCUUUACGUUGUGUUCAA